AUGCAACUCUUGUGCAUGCCCAGGUCCACACACUGCAACCAGGUCCUGUCGGCAAGGACGCCGAUGACGAUGCUGAUGGGCAGGCUGGCCGGCGUAGCCCUGGAGCUGGCUCUCGCCGCGCUGCUCCUGCUCUUCCUCCCGCCCUACUACGUCUACAAGCUCACCGCCUCCUUCCUCGGCUCCGUCUUCCCCGACAACGUCUCCGGCAAGGUCGUCCUCAUCACCGGCGCCUCCUCCGGCAUAGGCGAGCACCUGGCGUAUGAGUACGCGAAGAGAGGAGCCAACCUUGCGCUAGUGGCGAGAAGGGAGGCGAGCCUCCGGGAGGUCGCCGACAACGCGUCGGCGCUCGGCUCACCGAACGUCCUUGUCUUGCCGGCCGACGUCUCCAAGCCCGACGACUGCCGAAAGUUCAUGGACGACACGGUUGCCUACUUUGGAAGAUUGGACCACUUGGUGAACAACGCGUCGAUUUGGCAGGUCUGCAAGUUCGAAGAGGUGGAGGACGUGCACUACUUCAGAACAGUGAUGGACAUCAACUUCUGGGGCCAUGUGUACCCAACUCGCUAUGCCAUUCCUCACCUGAAGAAAACCCAUGGCCGGAUCGUCGGAGUCACCUCCAACUCCUCCUACAUAUUCAUCGGAAGGAACACCUUCUACAAUGCGAGCAAAGCAGCGGCGCUAAAUUUCUACGACACGCUUAGGAUGGAGCUUGGCGGGGACGUCCACAUCACGGAGAUCGUCCCAGGGGUGGUUGAGUCGGAGAUCACAAAGGGGAAGAUGCUCACCAAGGAAGGCGAGAUGAAAGUUGACCAAGAUGAAAGAGAUGCAAUCCAUGGGCCGACACCGGCUGAGCCUGUCGCAGCUUUCGCAAAGACGGUGGUGAGGGACGUGUGCCGGGGCGAGAGGUACGUGUUUGAGCCAAGGUGGUACAUGGCGGUGUACCUGUUCAGGGUCUGCUUCCCGGAGAUCCUGUCCUGGAGCUCGCGGCUCCUGACGGUGAAGACGCUGGGGCGCCCUGCAACGACCGACACCGUGGGAAGACAGAUACUCGACAUGCCCGGGGUGCGCUGGUUCACCCAAACAGCGUCGCUGCGGUCGCCGGAGAUUAGGGCCAGGUGAAAGUGAAAAUAGCUGGAGUGGCAAGUUGUGAUGUAAGAAGCCCACUCCGCUGUCUGGUUGUAGUAAUAUGAAGCUUUAUAUAUCGAACUAAAACGUGCUUGUGUA